GCCUGUGUGAGUGUGAGGGGGAGAGCGAGAGAAAGGGAGGGAGAGAGAGAGGCAGGCUGUGAGAGGAGAGAGGAGAGGAGAGGGGGAGCGAGCCAGCGCUCCGCCAGCAUGAGGACGGGCUUCUCUUCCGUGCUCAGUUAAUCUGGCUGUCAGUUGGUGUUAACGCUGCCGUUUAAGUGCUCGGAUUCCAAAGGGAAACAGACAAACCUCCCAGAAGGAAAGAAGGAAGCAAGCAAGGAAGGCAGGAACUGCAGGAGGAAAAGAACAGGCAGAACAGAGCGAGGAAUCAAGGGAAGGGGGGGAAAUACCAAAUCUAUGACUGGACCUGGGCUUCUUUUUCGCCAAUGCAAAAAGGAAUAUGCAGCACAUUUUUGCCUUCUUCUGCACCGGUUUCCUAGGCGCGGUAGUAGGUGCCAAUUUCCCCAACAACAUCCAGAUCGGGGGAUUAUUUCCAAACCAGCAGUCACAGGAACAUGCCGCUUUUAGAUUUGCUUUGUCACAACUCACAGAGCCCCCAAAGCUGCUCCCCCAGAUUGAUAUUGUGAACAUCAGCGACAGCUUUGAGAUGACCUAUAGAUUCUGUUCCCAGUUCUCUAAAGGAGUCUACGCCAUCUUUGGGUUUUAUGAACGGAGAACUGUCAACAUGCUGACCUCCUUCUGUGGGGCCCUCCACGUCUGCUUCAUCACACCGAGCUUCCCCGUUGACACCUCCAAUCAGUUUGUCCUUCAGCUACGCCCUGAGCUGCAGGAUGCUCUUAUCAGCAUCAUCGACCAUUACAAGUGGCAGAAAUUCGUCUACAUUUAUGAUGCCGACCGGGGUUUGUCCGUCCUGCAGAAAGUACUGGACACAGCUGCUGAGAAGAACUGGCAGGUGACAGCGGUCAACAUUUUGACAACCACAGAGGAGGGAUACCGGAUGCUCUUUCAGGACCUGGAAAAGAAAAAGGAGCGGCUAGUGGUGGUGGACUGUGAAUCAGAACGUCUCAACGCUAUCUUGGGCCAGAUUAUCAAGCUGGAGAAGAAUGGCAUCGGCUACCACUACAUCCUUGCAAAUCUGGGUUUCAUGGACAUUGACUUAAACAAAUUCAAGGAGAGUGGAGCAAAUGUAACAGGUUUCCAGUUGGUUAACUACACAGACACCAUCCCAGCCAAAAUCAUGCAGCAGUGGAAGAACAGCGAUGCUCGCGACCACACCCGGGUGGACUGGAAGAGACCUAAGUACACCUCUGCGCUCACCUACGAUGGGGUGAAGGUGAUGGCUGAGGCUUUUCAGAGCCUGCGGAGGCAAAGAAUCGAUAUAUCCCGCCGGGGGAAUGCUGGGGACUGCCUGGCUAACCCAGCAGUGCCCUGGGGCCAGGGGAUCGACAUCCAAAGAGCUCUGCAGCAGGUGCGGUUUGAAGGCUUGACAGGAAAUGUUCAAUUUAAUGAGAAGGGACGCCGGACCAACUACACCCUCCAUGUGAUUGAAAUGAAGCAUGAUGGCAUCCGAAAGAUCGGUUACUGGAAUGAAGAUGAUAAGUUUGUCCCUGCAGCCACCGAUGCUCAAGCUGGGGGGGACAAUUCAAGUGUCCAGAAUAGAACAUACAUCGUUACUACAAUCCUAGAAGAUCCGUAUGUGAUGCUCAAGAAGAAUGCCAACCAGUUUGAGGGCAAUGACCGCUAUGAGGGCUACUGUGUAGAGCUGGCAGCAGAGAUUGCCAAACAUGUGGGCUACUCCUACCGUCUUGAGAUUGUCAGCGAUGGAAAAUAUGGAGCCCGUGACCCUGACACCAAGGCUUGGAAUGGCAUGGUGGGAGAGCUGGUCUAUGGAAGAGCCGAUGUGGCCGUGGCUCCUUUAACUAUCACCUUGGUCCGGGAAGAGGUGAUAGAUUUCUCCAAGCCAUUUAUGAGUUUGGGGAUCUCCAUCAUGAUAAAAAAGCCGCAGAAGUCCAAGCCGGGGGUCUUCUCCUUCCUCGAUCCUUUGGCUUAUGAAAUUUGGAUGUGCAUUGUCUUUGCCUACAUUGGAGUGAGUGUCGUCCUUUUCCUGGUCAGCCGCUUCAGCCCCUAUGAAUGGCACAGUGAAGAGUUUGAGGAAGGGCGGGACCAGACAACCAGUGACCAAUCCAAUGAGUUUGGGAUAUUCAACAGUUUGUGGUUCUCCCUGGGAGCAUUCAUGCAACAAGGAUGUGACAUUUCUCCCAGGUCCCUGUCUGGCCGCAUCGUUGGUGGUGUCUGGUGGUUCUUCACCUUGAUCAUCAUCUCCUCAUACACAGCCAACCUGGCUGCCUUCUUGACCGUGGAGAGGAUGGUGUCUCCCAUCGAGAGUGCUGAGGACCUAGCGAAACAGACGGAAAUCGCUUACGGCACACUGGAAGCAGGGUCCACUAAGGAGUUCUUCAGGAGGUCUAAAAUUGCCGUGUUUGAGAAAAUGUGGACAUACAUGAAGUCAGCAGAACCAUCAGUUUUUGUGCGAACCACAGAGGAAGGAAUGAUCCGAGUGAGGAAAUCCAAAGGCAAAUACGCCUACCUUCUGGAGUCUACCAUGAAUGAAUACAUUGAGCAGCGGAAACCCUGUGACACCAUGAAGGUGGGAGGUAACUUGGAUUCCAAAGGCUAUGGCAUUGCGACACCCAAGGGGUCCGCCCUGAGAGGUCCCGUAAACCUAGCGGUUUUGAAACUCAGUGAGCAAGGCGUCUUAGACAAGCUGAAAAGCAAAUGGUGGUACGAUAAAGGGGAAUGUGGAAGCAAGGACUCCGGAAGUAAGGACAAGACAAGUGCUCUGAGCCUCAGCAAUGUGGCAGGCGUGUUCUACAUCCUGAUUGGAGGACUUGGACUAGCCAUGCUGGUUGCCUUAAUCGAGUUCUGCUACAAAUCCCGUAGCGAAUCCAAGCGGAUGAAGGGUUUCUGUUUGAUCCCACAGCAAUCCAUCAAUGAAGCCAUACGGACAUCAACACUCCCGCGAAACAGUGGGGCAGGAACCAGCGGUGGCGGCAGUGGAGAAAACGGCCGGGUGGUCAGCCAUGACUUCCCCAAGUCCAUGCAGUCGAUUCCCUGCAUGAGCCACAGUUCAGGGAUGCCCUUGGGAGCCACAGGAUUGUAACUGGAGCAGAUGGAGACCCCUUGGGGAGCAAGCUCAAGCUCCCCCAAUUCCAUACCAAGCCCUUCAGUGCCAAAAACAGUAAAAUUGAAACGCAACCGCCACCAACCACCAUGACCACAAGGAUCAGAUGAUUCACCAGAUUUUCCUGAAGAAUUGAAAAAUCAUUUUGCCGUCCCUUUUCCUUUUUUGAUGUUCUUUCACCCUUUUCCGUUUGCUAAGUGAGGAUGAUAAAUAACACUGCACCGCAAUAAGGGGAGAAUAACCCUGUUGAACAGAGCCUGUGUCUCUGAAAAUGGAGUCAUAGGAACAUUAAUGAGGAAACUGUACUGUUUUCUUUUAAUUCAUUUGUUAAUGUGUCUUAGUGUGUGCAAGAUUUUCUUUCUUACUAAUAUCCAUGGUUUGAAGGUUCUGUUAGGCCCCUUCCUCCUCCUGGCUUCUUAUUCCCAACUCCCUACCCAUGUCUCUUCAGUUUUCAGAUUGGAGAUUAAAGAUUCGCUCCACUUUACAAGCAAGCAAAAGGAAAAAGGCAACCUUCAAACUAAUUCGCUAUGGGAGCUCUCUAAGUUACCCUCCAUUUCUCGACCCCAAGACAUGGAUGAGGAUGGAUGUUGUUGGAGAAGUGGACUGCCUUCCCCAGGAAGGGCACCUCCUAGACACUGAUGUAGCUGAGAACAUGUGCAAAAAGCAAUUCAGACCAAGGGUGGUGGAGAGGACAAAGGCAGGUGUGCAGUCAGAGGAGGACUCACAAAGUUAUUGCUGGAGUCUCAGAGAGAGCUUCCUUUAAUGCGUAACAGCCAUCCCAUAGACCUUAGGUGGUUUCUUCACAGAGUCAGCCUCAGCACUGAGCAGUAUGUCUUUCUGCUAUGCUCAAGCCCAAAGGCACUCUGGUGGCUGAAUUGGCCUCCUGAACCAAGUACAGCCUUGGGAAUAACUGACAGCCCGGGAGAUAUUGCCCAUGAUUGUCACUUUUCAUUUGCUUGACAUCUGAGCAGGAACCCCACUGUGGAGUAGACUCUCUUUGGAGCCUCUGAUAUGGGGGAAAAUGCUAUGCAAACUGAAUGCAAAAAAAAAAAAAAAAAAAAAAAAAGGAUGGAAGAAUUUUGGAAGAGGAAGCAUCAUUGAAGCCCACAAGCAACAGAACCUUCCAUGGUGUGCACUGUCCUAGGAUUAAGAGACCAAGUCAGCUUAGAGUUUUGCUGACCUGGAGAACUUGGAUUUUUAUGUCCAUAUAAAAAUGUUGUUUCAGCAUGUGGCCACUUUAGAAAGUAAAAUACCCAAGGCUGAAUUACUUUAAGGAAAACAAGGAGAUGAAUUAAGUUGAUAAUGACAUUGGGGACCUUAAGAUCACUGACCCCAACUUCUAACCCAAGAAGGCUGACCUUCCCCCUGGCUGAGACAGAAUGAGGAUGUAUUAUUCCAAUGACCAGACUCAAUAUGCCCAUGAUUGUGACUAUAAAGCUGAACUAAAGCAAGUUUAGAGAAGUGACAGGGUACAUAGAGAGAGGCUCAGGCUGACUGCAACUUUAGUUGGAAAGGGGGUUCCUGGUACAUAGCUUUCUUGGAGAUCCCAACUCUCAUUCUUGGUGCAAUUGGCUUCCAGCUGUCCAGCAGCCACUCUCCUAGGUGCAUGAUUCAGUGCGUGCCAUGUGUCUUUAGCUUUUAUUGAUAACCAUGUUCUGGCUUAUUUCCUUACCCCCUACUUCUCUCCAGUCUUCUCUGCUAGGGGUUAUCAUUAGCAACUGACAAACUAAAGGUUUGGGAGCCUACCAACAAGUAGGUGCAGCAUGAUUGGCUUCAUCUGUGGAUUCUCUCAGUGGACACCCACCAUCUCUAUGUCUCCCCCAUUCUCCUAGUAUCAGCCGUAGCAAAGAACCAUCCCCAAAUCAAACUCUAUGCCCUUUCAACUCAAGUGUUGUUCAGUCUUUUCACGUGUCAAUGUGGGCAUGGUACGUGAAGCAGGACCCUCAAGAUGGAUUUUUUACUUCUCACUACUGCCAGCUGAUGUCCUCCCCAUCCCCUGUCCUCCCACCAGAUUUUUGUCAGCCCUUAGCCUACCACUGCAGAAUAUGAUAUGACCUGUCAUUAGGGAGUGCAUUUCAGAGGAGUUAGAAAUAUCCCUCUUACUAUCAACAUGCUUCAAAGACCUUUUCCUUUGGUAAGAUGCCUCUCCAGCCACCGAGCUCACCACUAACAUGAUCUGAUAGGGAGAGACCAUCUAAGCUAACAAUGAGAGUAUAUGCUGUGUGGGGGUCCAAGACUCCACAGAAGAUGCUUUUUAUCAAUAGAGGGGUGACGGGGGAAAACAAAAGCAAGAAAAAAGUUAACUUGUAUUAUGUAUUUUUACUACACUUUUCUUAAAAAUAGAGUACUGGGAAAACUCUGAAAGAGAUUGACAUUUUUCUCAACAGGAAUCCAUACUUAACAGUUCUGGCUUUCAUUAAAUUUUGCUCUUUGGUACCUGGGCCUUUUAUUUAACAUCUAUAUUUGUUUUAAUUCUCUUGACAGAUGUGUGAAAGGAUUUUUGCUUGAUCAAACACUAAAUAUUUUUUUGGUUCCUGUUUUUCUUUCAAGUAGCCAGGGUUUGUUUUUUUUUUUUUCUUUUGGUAUUUGCAUAAAAUGAAAGUAUCACCAAGAAUUAAAUCACUGUGGAUCCAUUAUCUACUUUUCAUAUUUGUCCAUUCCAUUUUUUGUGCCAUUUCUGAAGCCAAAGCUCUAAAGGUUAUGUUAUUUCCUUAUUGCUGAACAUUUUUAAUGGUAACCACCAUUCCUGAUUCACAAACAGCUCUCAAAUGAGUCAUUUCAGCUAAACUAGUUCACCGUGAGUUAUUCAUUCAAACAGGAUAAUCAAAACAAAAAACAAAAACAAAACAAAACAAAGCAAAAAACCCGAGUAAUAUUGGUUUUCAAGGGCCACCGUUCCAACUGCAUAGGGAGCACGGCUUGACAUACAGUGGUCACAGUACCUCCAGAGAACUGGAUGGUUCACAGGGUAUAUCUCAGACACCCCCAGUCUUCUCUGGGGAGUGUCUAGGUGGAGUCUAGGUGUAUCUGUGAUGUGCGGAGUCACAACCAAAACCAGUUUAGACCAUGCUUAAACAUAGAUCAUCCUGGUCCCACACCACAUGAUCCUCUCAUUCUUUCCUGCAAGUUUUUCUUUCACUCCAGCAAGAUGGGCUUUCUCUAAAGGAUCUGACAUUUAUUGACAUUUAGAUACCGAUGAUUAAGAACAACUUCAAAUGUUUUCUUUCCCAAGGAAUUUGGCAUAUUAACAGGGGUCAGAGAUCUCAAAUAAAUUAACAAAGUUCUAAUUGUGGCAUUUCAGAGAGUAACCACCACCUCUAUGGUAAAGGGUUGAAGGAAGGCAAAGAAACCAGUGGACUUGUGUUCUUUUGAUUGAAGCUCCAAUCAUUAUUUCAACACCUACAGUCACCUCCAGCAUGUAGGGUGCCUCUGAAUGAAGAAACACUUUAACAGUGUUUCUGUGGAGAAACACUGACAGGUGGAGAAAAUUAAUCUCUGUCACCUUUCUUUCAAAUAGCUGGGAUAAUGAUCAUAAUGGCUAUAAGAGCACAUGUUACCAUGUACUGAGCAUAUGCUAUGUUAAGCACACUUCACACUUUCUAUAUUACUAUAAUGGCCCUCUCAGGUAGGGCCUUCUGAAAGAGGAACUCAGACUUUAAAAGAUUACAUAACUUGCUCACGCUCCUAUAAGUGACAGAACCAGGACUUGAACUGGGUCUGCCUGAAUCCAAAGCCUUUACAUUACCUAUCUCACUGGUAACCAGGUCAUGAUGCAUGAUGGUCAGGAAAAUAGCAGGCAAGCAAUUCUCUACCUUCUUAUAAAGCCAAAAUAACUUUUUUUUAAAAAAGAAUGCUUUACAGCUAUACCUGCUAUACCUUUGGGAAAGCCAACCUGUCUUUCUGAGUUAGUAGAAAUCAUUACUCCAGACCGGACUGCAAAAAUGGAGAAGAGGAGAAAGAGUUACUUAUCGUCCCUUUAAAAUAGAUCCAGGCUAGGGAGCAGCAAGCACAUUGGAAAGGGGACUGAAAAGCAGGUCCCCUGCAAAAUAGUUGAUUCAGCCUGAAGAAGGAUCUUCAGGGCCAUCCUGGGGAAAUGGUGCUAGCUUUUUGUACUAGCUUUUUGUAUGACUAAGACCAGGAUCCAUUCUGGGAGUUACAGGAAAUGGACUUAGUCUCAGCUACAGAAAAAGUUCCUAAUGGUCAGAGUAUCCUCAGAGUAUAUUGGACUGCCCCUGGAGUCAAGGAGAUGCCACAGGUGUGAAAGUUGACAUACAUAUCCACUGAUUUUCCUUACUUUAUCUUGCAUCUUUUAUAGCCCUAUUCAGGUUAUUUGUUCAAUAACACCCUAAUAUAGACUUCAGAGAGAGGCAGCAAUACCCUACAGAAAUGAGCAUGAAUAUCUUUCAAUGAAAUCUCAAAACUCAACUUAUCCUAAUUAAGAAAAAAAAUGGCAAGUUCUUUCCUCACCAAAUGCUAAUGUUGUUUCAAGGAAAGAAUGUCUAGGCAAUACAUUCCUAUCUCACUUUACAGCUAAGAAAACUGAGUUCUUGCAUAAGAAGCCAUCUUCCUUUUUACCAAAUACAAUGGCAUUUUCCCCUUGGGACUAUGGAGACUUGACUGCCAUCAGGUAGUCUGUGUUCUGGUGUUAGUCUGGCCACUGACAACCUUACUUCAGUGCUUUGUAAUUUUCAAAAAGCUUUUAUUUCUUGAAGUUUCCAGAUCACAUGAUGAGUAUAGAAGCAAAUUGGUACAGUGGAAAGACCUAGAUCAGGAUUCACAACACCUGGCUUCUCUUCCUUCUUCCUUUACAAUCUUGGACAAGAAUAUUAUUAACUUCUCUGAGCCUCAUCUUUCUCAUCAAAGAUCUAGGAUAUCUGGUGUCAAAAUAAGCAGUGAUACUGAAUGCUAAUUGCACACUGGAAUCACCUAUUGAACUUUACACAAAUCACUAGUGCCCAAGAUACAUCUCCAAAUAUGGUUUAUCUGAGCUCAGGCAUAUUUGUCAGUGUAUUGGUGUUGUCUGGUUUUCUUUUAAACUUUUAAGUGAUUACAAUAUGCAGCCCGGAUUGAGAAUCACUGCAGUUGUGUCAGCUUGGGAGUCAGAGAAAACGCUCAUAGAAACUUAUCUGAAAAUUACCAAGAACUAUAUUGGGUCAUUUCUGUCAGUGGUCAGACUAACACCAGAAUGCAAGUUACCAGAUGGAGUCAAAUCUCCCUGAUCCCAAGAGAAAAUACCAUUAGAUUCACCUGAUAAAAGAGGAAGAAAAGAUACUGUUCCCAAGGACAUGGGGUCUGAACACUCCUUUCCUCCUUAGGCAUGUCUAUAAUAACAUAACAUUCUCCUGGGAGAAGAGAGAGACACAGGACAUUAGAGAUAAGAUACAAUUAUCAAAGAUAUCUCCUCAGGAAAGGGCAUGGUGGGGGUGGGAAAUAACUUUGUGAAAUGAAUCAGCUUUCAACACAGCCAGUUAUUUUCCAAACGGGAAAACUACUUGGCUAUUUCCAUUAUAAACACCAAAUCCCACCACUUGCAUUUUUAACAUAGUCCCCUGGAAAGAAGUGCCUACUGACCUAAUCUUCCAUGGGCACUCUGAGUCCUACUAAGACAAGCCUAACUUCUCUGUACCACACUUGCCAUUUUCAUAGCCCUACAAGGAAGGAGGGAACCAGCAUUGGCUAAGCACUAACUGCAUACCGGGUAAGAAGCUAGGACAAAUCUCUCCUUUAGUCCUCAAAACAAUCCUGCGAGGUGGGGAUUUAUCACCCCCACUUUGCAUAAGAGGAAAUGGAAACUCAGAUUCAGAACCCAAGGUCAUGCAGCCAGUCAAUGACUUGACCUAGAUUCCAAUCCCACUCUGUCUCUCUAAAGCCACCACCCUUUCACUUUACCUGACUGCCUCCUAAGAUUUCACCACACUAACGAAACACACUGGAGAUUGAAAAAAAUAUGAAGCCGAUUGCCUACAUUGCUGCCAAUUUGUGGUGUGACCCUGGGCAACACAUUUCCUACUCUGGGCCUCAGUGACCUCAUUUGUGAAGUGGGAGAAGUGGGAUUCAUCUAAUUGGUCUCUAAGAUCCCUCUUAGUUGUAGCCUUAUGUCACUGAUUCUCAACCAGAGCAGAUUUUGUGCCUCCCGGACAGUUGGCAAUGUCUGGAGAUAUUUUUUGUUGCCACAACUAUGGGCAGAGGUGCUGACGGCAUUUAGUGGGUAAAAACCCAGGGACGCCACUAAAUUUCUACAACACACAGUGCAACUUCCCACAACAAAGAAUUAUCCGGCCCAAAAUGUCAAUAGUGCCAAGGUUGAGAAACCCCAUCUUAUGUAAUUACAGCAUUGCAAUACCCAGUUGAGCAUGGACGAUGGCAGAAUAAGGCUGGAGAGUAAAAGCGCAGGGAUCCUGAAUCAGGUGAACCAUCAGAGAAGGUGAACAGUUACAGGAUUUUGUCAAGGAAUAAACCAGGUUUAGGGAAGUAAGCUAAAGUCAGAAGUGUUUGGCCCACAGCAUAAAUCUAUGGAGCCCAAAGAAGCCAUGGAUGGGGGUUCAAUCAGGCAGCCAGAGCCAACAGCUGUGGCUCAGGAGGCAGUAGGGGCUCUGCCUGCAGAAGAGCUUAUGCUCUACCCAGUCUCCUUUUGCAGGUGGCUCUGCAGCUAGAAUCAGCUGAGAGGUGUCCAGGUGAUCCCUACCACACCCACCCCACACCCACAAAAAAACUGGAUAAGCUUCAUUUCUAAUCCCAGAAUAUACACUUUUUCUUCUCAUCAACAUACAUAAUGAGCACCCAUGUCCACAGGUAGAUGUCAUGGGGAAUAAGGAGUCAAAUAACUGAUAGUCCUGUCUCAUGAAGUGUCAAUAAUAGGAAGAAAAAAUAAAGCUCAGAAACACCAUUAAGUAUAACACAAGGCUAAAGUAGAUGGAAAAAGUUGAAGUGCCUGGAUGCAGGCUUCCACAUGCUGCUCGCCACCUUGUGUCCAGCCUUUAAAAAGGGGACUCUGAAUAGAUGCUAUUCACUCUCUCCCUGAUCACAAUUUUCCAGCCACCCAGCUUCUGUCCUGUUUCUCAAACAUGCAUGGCAUCCCCAGCAUGCCAUGCUUAGCUCCAUCUCAAGGCUCUUGUGCCUGUUGGUUCCUCCACUUGAAACCGUUUUCACUUGCAAGACUAGCUCCUUACCCAUGUCUUGGCUAAAAAUGUCGUCUCCCCCAGAACAUCCUUCCCUCUCCACCCUAUGCAGACUAGCCCUGAUGUCAUUCAGUCUCACAUUGCUCAUCACCACCUAAUCAUAUCUUGUCUACUUGCUUACUGUCUGCUUCUUCCCAUCUAAAAUACACUCACAAGACCAGGGACCCUGUUGCCGUAGCACAAUGCCAGAUACAUAAUAGAACCUCAAUCAGUAUCUGUUGAAUGACCUGAGGAAUGAGAGAGGUAGAAGUGAGUUGCCUUUUAGUGCCCAAAGGAGGCAGAGCUCUGGGGAAAUAAGGGAAGGAGGUGAUGACAUUCUUGUGUUGCCUGGGUAGGCAUUACACAGUCAGAGACAUAAAAGGCAUUCAAAGAAGGAGGUGCAGAAUGAGUCAGAGUGUCAGGGCAGGAAGAGGCAGGGUCCGUUUGGGAAAAGGGCAAGUACAAUGCAGCUUGUGCCGCAUGUCCAGGCAAGCAAUGACAGAGAAGACUGGACUGGGCGUGAGGAGUGUUUAUUUAAUACAUCAUGAAAUAGGGAGUUGAAGUUUUGGGGGCUGAGGAAGAAAUCCAUUCUGGUAUCAGGUAUUGAGUUUAGCAAGAAGCAUGUAUUUUGGGCACCUACUCUGUGCCAGGCACUGUGCUAGGUGUGCUCUAUACCUACCAAAUAUAAUCACCACGGCAGUUAGCCUGUGGGGCCAGAUUACCACCCCACUUUCAUUCCUGAGCAAACCGAGGCUCAGAGGUAGAAGUGGAACUUUAGACACCUAGAUUUUGUGUAAUUCCUCCAACACAGGAAUUCCCAUUACAGAUUAUAGGAAGCCAUCUGUCCACAUGACAAUUAAAAAAAAAAAAAAAAAAAGCCCCAGUAGGAGACAGACCUGCCUCCUGUGGAUGGCACUUGCCUGACCAGGGAAAAAGGUAAUGACUUUCAGAGCACUAAUGGGUGUUGUACCACCAAAGACAUUGUGAUGCAAGGGAUUUUUGAUCCAGUCUAUAGCCAAUAAAAGGAACCAAGAUGGGUUUAUAAAUCAAGUCGGGAACACAAAAUGAGGAAAGACAGGUGCUUUGCAACAUAUUCACCAUUCCAGCCCCAUUCCAGCCAUAGUAAAACAUUUUCAUCAAUUCCUGAGGAGUGGAGGUAUUUUGGGCCCAUGGGAAAUGUUGAUAAUAGUAUCUUAUAUGUAUCACAUGGCAGGGGCUCCUUGGAUCUAAGGAUUCUAAAUAAGUGUGUGUCUACAUUUGGACUAUUGCCACAGUAAGGCCGCUACUACCGACAAAGAAAACAGCCCACAAAAUCAGUCCCUAAACACCACAUUACAGGAACUAUGUGGUACAAUCAUUAAUGGUGAUCAGCAUUACCACUACCAUUUGUUUGACAUCUGCUCUGUGCCAGGCAUUUUACGUACAUUGUCUGAUUUCAUGCUUACAUAUCCUUGGGGAGAGAUAGUCGCAUUUCCUAUGGAUAAAUGUUUUACCUAAAUGGAAGAGAGUCAGAAAAGUUCAAAUGGUAGGGGCCUUAGAAAUCAUCUAAUUAUUAUUUUAUCCAACUAUAUUCCAUAAAUAAGUGACCUUGAGGCCCUAGAAAAUUAUUGACUUUCCCAGAGUGGUGUAAGUUCCUAGUUAAACCAAGACUGGCUAGAAGCUAGCUCUCCUGGCUCCAAGUCCUGGGUACUUUGCAUGUAGAGAGAGAUCUUCUCACAUGCAUACAACCCUAAAGCUCACUGUCUGGCUUUUCAUCUGGCUCUGUAGAGCUAGUUAAGUGUACCUGGAUAAACUGGACCAUGAUCUGGGAAAGCUUUGUUUUGGAUUGAGGAAAAUUGUUGAAAAUUCUUACGAGGACUAGUCUCAGAUCUAAAGUGGGCAAAUGUCCGGAGAGUGGGACUUUAGAAUAGUGAUAAAAUUGUCCCCCAACUAAAAAAAAAAAUUUUUUUUAUGUUUACUGUGUCCCAAAAUUUCUUAUCCGGGACAAAACCUUUUUUAUUGCACAAACUUAAGUUUCUUUAGAAAUGUUCUUGGUAAGCAAGAACAACUGGCAGAGGCAAACUGGGUUAAAAUGCUUGUUACCAGGUGUUUUCCUAAUACUAGCUUUUGAUAGGAAUAGUAAAGAGGUACUUGGGAUAGGGACACAAGGAGGUAAGCAAAGAAUUCAGAAUGCAAAAUUCAAGGCUGCUGAAGGAAAAAAGCACAAUUUUACAAUUAGGAGGCCCUUGCUUUAAUGUGCCUACCUGAAAAGUAAUCACACAAAGACAAAACAAAUUGGUUAUUCAGCAGAGAAGCCCACGGUUGGACAUAUGUGGGGUUUGAAGUGGAAGAUUAAGCAGUUAGCUAAAUAAUUCUGGGAGGAAAACAAUGCUUUAAAAAAUGUUUAUCUAGAUCUGUUAGAAGGAAAAUUGUUCAUCAUCCUUUUCUUCAUCUUGCCAUGAAACCAUGAUCAGAAAAAAAAUUGUUUUGAUAUUUCUUUCAAUAAAAAUGUGUUGUGACUUAGA